GCUCUGAGUCAUCCUUGCAGCAUGAAGCUGGAAUUGACCAUAUGAAGACCAGAGAUCCCGUACUAGUAUGUGUGGGCAUCGUCUUGCUCCUGGCUGCAGGCACAGGUGUAAGCACAGAACCAUGGCUGUGCCAGCCGGCGCCCAGGUGUGGGGACAGGAUCUACAACCCCUGGGAGCAGUGCUGUGACUAUGACACCAUCCUGCCCCUGAACCGGACGCAGAGCUGUGGCCUCACCUGCACCUACUGGCCCUGCUUUGAGCUCUGCUGUCCUCAGUCCUUUGGCCGCCACAAGAAGUUUGUUGCGAAGCUGAAGAUCCAUGGUGAGACGUCUUGGUGUCCCACGUCUCCCACCUCCAGGACCUGCAGGAGCUGAUCUGGCCAACCACACCAUCCUUCAGUGUUUCCUCCCUGGAGCCUGGGAACACGUGGACAGGAUGCAUUCUAGGAUAUAAGUGGAAUGGGGGGCAUGGUUCUGUGAACAGCAUUAAAACAACAUGUCCCACAAGGUGGUCUGGCUAAGUGUGUUCUCUCCAGACGUCCUCAAGGCAACUUGCUGAGAAAUGAUCAAAUAG